UUGAGAGAGUUAAAUAAGGAGGGGGGUGGUGUAAAGAGUAAAAAACCUCCCACUCCUGUGAGCGCUCCUCUUUCUCCUGUGCAUUUCGGAGUGGAGUGAGUGUGUGUGACCAACUCUGGAGAGAAACAGACAGACGACCUGAGGAUGAAGCUAGUGUUUGUGGCUGUGUUCGCGCUCUGUACGCUCAGCUCUGUGGAUAGAGUGGAUUCUUCAGCCUACGACAAGAUUGUGACACACAGUCGUAUCCGGGCCAGACUCCAGGGACCCAAUGUGUGUGCCAUGCAGCAGGUGAUGGGGACCAAGAAGAGGAAGUACUUCAGCACAUGUAGGACCUGGUAUAAAGGCUCUAUCUGUGGGAAGAAGACGAUGGUUGUCUAUGAGUGCUGUCCAGGCUACAUGAAGCUGGAAGGCAUGAAAGGAUGCCCUGCAGUGGCUCCUAUAGACCAUGUGUAUGGCACAUUGGGCCUGGUGAAGGCUAGGACAACCCAGAAGUACUCAGCCCUCUCUAAGCUGAGGGAAGAGAUUGAAGGGAAGGGAUCGUUCACUAUGUUUUCCCCUAGUGACGAAGCCUGGGACCUGCUGGACCCUGAGGUGCUUGGUGCCUUGGUGAGCAACGUGAACAUUGAGCUGUACAACGCCCUGCACUAUCACAUGGUCAACCAUCGCAUGCUAACGAAAGACCAGUAUCUUUGUAGUGACUGGAUCGUCACGGUGAACUGCGCCAGGAUUAUCCAUGGUAACCAGGUGGCUACCAAUGGAGUGGUUCAUGUCAUCGACCGUGUCAUCACUAACGUGGUCAACACCAUACAGGACGCCCUGGGAGUUGAUGACGACCUCUCCUCCUUCAGCGCUGUAGCUUUGGCCUCAGGUGUGAUGGAAAAACUGGGCCAGCCAGGUCACUUCACCCUGUUCGCUCCCACCAAUGAUGCCUUCAACAACCUUGAGGCCGGCUUCCUGGAACGCAUUAUGGGAGACAAUGCUGUUAUCGCAG